AUGACCACCAAAAUUUUCAUCUUCUUCCUACAGUCAGUUUUAUUUAUCAUCCACAUUGCUCCAUUGAGAUCCCAAAUUUUCUCAUCAUAUGCUAGCAUUCAAGGUGAAUGGCAUCUCUUGCAUGCUAGCAUUGGCAUCUCCGCCAUGCACAUGCAACUUUUGCAUAACAACAAAGUUGUCAUUUUUGAUCGAACGGACUUCGGCCGUUCCAAUAUCUCCCUUCCCGGAGGCCGAUGCCGCUUUGAUCCCUCUGAUACUGUACUCCAAACAGAUUGCACGGCUCACUCUAUUCUGUAUGAUAUCAGAACAAACACUUUCCGGCCAUUAAUGGUACAAACCGACACAUGGUGCUCCUCCGGAGCUGUCCUCUCCAACGGAACCCUAAUUCAGACCGGAGGGUACAACGACGGUGAUCAUGUUGUACGUAAAUUUGUGCCAUGCAUGGACAAUAAUUGUGAUUGGAUCGAAUUUCCCGAUUCUCUGUCGAGGCGUAGAUGGUAUGCAACAAAUCAAAUACUACCGGAUGGAAGAAGCAUUAUUAUCAUUGGUGGGAGACAACAAUUUAAUUACGAGUUCUACCCUAGAAACUCUCAACAUUCUUCGUCUUCUCGAACCUUUUUUUGGCUGGAAUUUUUAAGAGAAACGAGUGACGAUAGUGAGGACAACUUGUACCCAUUUGUACACCUCCUACCAAAUGGACAUUUAUUUGUUUUCGCUAACGUAAGAUCAAUAUUGUUCGACUAUAGAACCAACCGUGUGGUUAGAGAGUUCCCUGAAAUAAGUGGAGGAGAUCCUCGAAACUACCCUAGCUCAGGUUCUUCAGUUCUGCUUCCUAUAGAUGAAAAUCGAAUCCAUGAAGCCGAGAUCAUGAUUUGUGGUGGUUCCCCUCGUAAUUCAUUUUUAAGUGCAAAGCGAGGAAGUUUCAUACGUGCAAGUUCUACAUGCGGACGCUUAAAGGUCACAGAUGAAAACCCUAACUGGGCUAUGGAGACCAUGCCAACGCCACGUGUGAUGGGCGACAUGGUUCUUCUGCCAAACGGCGAUAUCCUCGUCAUCAACGGCGCUGAGUCUGGUACUGCCGGCUGGGGAAAUGCACGGAACCCAGUGACACGACCGGUGAUUUACAGGCCAGAUAGGCCGGAAAAUAACCGGUUUUCAGUCAUGCAGCCAUCAUUAAGGCCUAGACUCUACCAUUCAACAGCUAUUUUACUCACUGAUGGUAGAGUGUUAGUUGGGGGAAGCAACCCACACAUCUAUUACAACUUCACAGGUGUAGAAUAUCCUACUGAUUUAAGCUUGGAGGCCUUUUCCCCACCUUAUUUAGCAGCAGAAUAUGAGCCACUAAGGCCAAGAAUUGUGUAUGUAGACGAAGUUUGGGGGUAUAAACAGUCAUUUUUGGUAACUUUCAAAGUGCCAAAUUUUCUAAAAAAGGGGACCUUAUCGGUUAGAAUUAUUGCUCCUUCGUUCACUACGCAUUCACUAGGGAUGAACCAGAGAAUGGUGGUACUGAAGGGUGUUGAGAUUUCAUAUGGUGGAUCUGGUGCCUAUAGGUUGACUGUGGUUGGCCCAUCAACACGUGAUAUUGCACCACCAGGGUACUAUUUGUUGUUCGUGGUGCAUGCAAGUAUUCCAAGUUCUGGUGUGUGGGUGAAG